CCUCCACCACCUCCGCCGCCACUCUCCUCCUCCGCGUCGCACUCCGCCGUCGGCGCUUCGGGGGAGCGCGCGCGCCUCGCGCCCGUCUCUUGCAUCCCAUGUCGUCCUGUCCUGCCUGCGCCUCGCGCGAUGUCGAAUAUGUCUCCUCGGCCGCGUCGGUCGUGUGCAACGCAUGCGGCGCCGUGCUCGCCUCCACCAGCGGCGGCAGCAGCAGCGGGGGCGCCAACAGUGGCGAUCUCGUCGCGCCCGAGCUGCGCUUCGGCGGCCACGCCUACGGCCUCGGCAGCGUCGUUCUCGCCGGCGACGUGCGCGUGCGCGCGCCGCGCCUCGCCAUGCCCGGCCGCCGCGCCGGCGAGCAGCGCUGGGUGCCGGGCCAGGAGGCACUGCGCGACAAGGCAGAGCGCAGGGACAUGCUCGAGAGCCGCAACAUGCCGGCGCUCGUGCGCCAUCUCGGCGGCGUCCUGGCGCGCGCCGGCGCGCCGGCGGGCAUGCUGGAGCAGGCAAAGGUGCUCUUCACCCAGGCGCGCAUCUUGGCGCGCGCACAUCGCCUGCGCCUGCUGGAGGAUGCGCGGGCAAGAGGAGAGGAGCACGGCCAACUCUCGAGGACGCAGCGCGCGUUGGGAGAGACGCGCUGGGGCAUGCUGAGCGAACACAUGGCCACCGUGGUGGCAUGGGCGACGAUGAAGCGGAACAGAUGGCAUCGCGACUUGGAGCAGCUGGUGGUCGAGAAUGGACAGCGUCGUUCGAUCGCACACAAUCAAUUGGCACGUCUCAAGCGCCUCUUCCACAACACGCCCAUCCUCGCGCAUCUCAACCACGCCGAGCCAAGCGCCUACGUCUCUCAAUACUUCUCCGUGCUGCAACGGCUGCGCGAUCAGCGAGCCACGCCCGCAGCGGCGACGAAGGGCGUGCCGCCAAAGAUACUCGCCUACCUCUCCUCCGUGCCCGACUGGGCGCGCGCCGAAGCCCUCGCGUCCAGCCUGGCUCGCGUGUGCGAAGCAGAGGGCCUCUUCAAGCUCCACACUGGUCCCGGGGUGCAUCGCGAUGCGCAUCUCAUCGCGUAUGCGCUCGUCGUGGCCGCGAUUGAAGGCACGAUCAAGAAGGCAUCGCCCGUGUAUCAGAUUGUGGCACUGUUUGAUCGAGCCGAGCAACUGCGUGUCGAGGAGCUGGAGCGGCGCGAGGGAGAGGAGACGGCGCGUGCCGAGGAGCGGCGCGAGGAGCAAGCAGCUGCGAACGACGAUGUCGACUCGAAUGCAGAGUCGCAUGGCAGUGACGACGCCGACAACGACGACGCAGCAAGCAGAGGCGAGACCGACUUUGCCGCUGCGCAGCAAGACGAAGACGUGCCGCGUCGCGAAGCCGUGCUGCAACGUCUGCGCGAGCUUCGCCGCAUGGUGACGCCGUGGAUACGUGCUCUUCCCUGGUUCGACGACAAGGACACGCUCAAGACGCACGAGGCGAAGCAGAGGGCUGCACGCAAGAAGCGCCAGUCGUCGAGCAGCCGCAGCGGCAAGCGCCACGGAUCGGAGGAGAUGGAGGAUGCGGAUGCGGCCGUGGCGUCGCGCGCAGACUUUGCCAGCUAUCUGGCAGACGUAGUGGCCUUUCGCGAUGCCAUCGCCACGCGAGCACUGCAGGCAGAGCACGCACGUGCCGACGAAUGCGCAGCCGCAGACGACGCCCUGAUGGCCGCCAAGCUAGGCGCCGUGCGUGCGCAGUUGCGCGCCGCAGACGAAGCAAGGCAAAGCCGACGCACCGACGGCUGGGCGCGGCGCUUUCUCGAGGCGCAACGCCACUCGCAUGCAAGUGAGCGCAGGCCACGCGUGCCGGCGCGCAGCGAGGAGAAGAGGGAGAUCGAGGCGUUUGUGCAGGCCGAGACGCUCGAGCAGGAAGUGGCGCUGCUGCUCGAUGGCGACGACGAGGUUUCCGAGGGCGCAAGGGCGGUAGACAACGCUGCUUUGCAGAUGCAGCAACUGCACGCUCUCGCCUCGAUGCUCGACGAGCAAGCUCAGGCAAUGCCGCCAGCCAGUGCUCGCGCCGCCGCGCUGCCGCACUUCCUGCUCCUCGACGAGCAAGAGCUGGCGUGCGCCGGCGCACGCGUGUCCGGCGCCGCCGCUCUGCAUUCCGACGCGGCCGUCGACGCGCUCCUCUUCGCGCCCGCCGAGCUCGAGGGCUACUUCUUCACGCCCGACGAGUGCCGCGCGCGCGCCGCCAUGGCCGAGCGUCUCGGCAUGUGGCAAGGGCCGGCGCGCGAGGCGAGCGGCGCCGACAAGCCACACGGCGAGAAGCGGCGCAGCAAACGCACGCUGCAGGAGCGAGCGCAAGAGAUGGGCCUGCACGUCAUCGACGGCCGCCUCUCAAAGGCGAGGCGCGUCGACGUCGAGACGCUGCUCGAGGGCGACUCGCGCGGCGUGGAGAGAGACGAGGAGCGCGAGAUGGAGAUGGAAAUCGUAGAGGAGGCCGGCGACGCUACGCCCAUGCGCUACACCGACGUGAGCGAGGAGGAGGAAGAGGAGGAGGAGGAGGAGGAGUAGGAGAGAGAAAGAGGGAGAGAGAGAGAGAGAGAUGUGGGCCGCCACUGCACGCUCGCGGGCCCUGAGUGCCACCAGCGUCAUCCCCACUGCAUGCGAUACCCACCCAUCCAGCCGAUGUGACUCCCGUCGCUCAGGAAUC